ACGGAUUCGGAAAGAUGACUUCAAACUUUGCCGUUUGUUUCUGAAUCAGUCUUAUACUUAAAAUAGUGCCAGUGGUCUGCAAGCGAGGUUUAGGUGUGCCUAUCGCCGUCAUAACUCACACUGCACCGCCACCAUCCUUGUCAGGCGACGUCACUGAUCUCAUCAUUGUUUCAAAGGAGGACGCAGACGAGCAGGAAACCGAGCAGUUGAAAAGUUUCAUUUUCACAGGCUCUUUUCUACUGGGUUUAUUUGUUCGACACUGUCAACUGAGAAAUAUUUAUUUUCAUUCACCCUGAUAGCUUACCGGUUGCAACAAAACGACAUGCUUCAGUGUCUAACUGGGAGCUCAUGUAUGAGGCUGAUACCAGGUAAUAAAGCGACGUGGUGUUUUGUGUGCCUUGUAGUGAGCUAUGUAUUAUACCUGAUAUUCGGAGCUUUAAUAUUCUCUUCUGUGGAAUUACCGUAUGAGGACGACCUGAAAACGGACCUCCUAUCAUUCAAACAGCAGUUUCUCCAGGACAAUGCCUGCCUAUCUGACGAUCGUUUAGAAGAGUUUCUUACGAGAGUGCUUGAGGCAAACAAUUACGGAGUGUCUGUGCUGAACAACGCAUCCACAAGCAGGAACUGGGAUUUUACCUCUUCGCUAUUUUUUGCGAGCACUGUUCUAUCCACCACAGGCUAUGGACACUCUGUGCCACUGUCCGAUGGAGGAAAAGCCUUCUGCAUCAUCUACUCUGUCCUCGGGAUCCCCUUCACCCUCCUCUUCCUCACGGCCGUGGUCCAGAGGAUCAUGGUGUACAUCACGCGACGGCCCGUCAACUACCUGCACAGGCGGCUGGGGCUGUCCAAGCCUCUGGUGGCUGGAGUUCACGCCGCACUCCUGGCCCUGAUCACAGCCUCGUGCUUCUUCCUCAUUCCUGCCAUAAUCUUCUCGGCGCUCGAGGACGACUGGAACUUCCUGGAGUCCUUCUACUUCUGCUUCAUCUCGCUGAGCACCAUUGGACUGGGGGACUAUGUCCCGGGGGAGGGUUACAACCAGCGCUUCCGCCAGCUCUACAAAGUGGGCAUCACAGCUUAUUUGCUCCUGGGCCUGAUUGCAAUGCUGGUAGUACUGGAGACAUUCUGUGAGCUGCCGCACCUGAAAACCUUGAGGAAAAUGUUCUACCUAAAGAAGGAGAAAAAGGACGACGAGUUGACUAUUGUGGACCAUGACCAUCUAUCCUUCACCACAGUGUGCGAACAGACAGCCCCUACCGAGGAAGAUAAGGGCGAUCCCUUCACAGAUGACGUCUCUAUGGCUGAAGUUUCACCAGUCACUUCUAGUGACAGCAUUGUAAUUAGAUGAGACCAAUUCCUUGUUUAAUCAGACCUCUAGUCAUCAGAGAAAAUUAGACUUGAAAAUAUUUUUAAUCUACUGUCUAUAAGUGUUAUAGUCUAUCUUGAUGGUAUGCCAGGGUCUUUACUAGGUUGUGCAUGUGAUUGGUGAAGUAUUUUUAUUUUUAUAAGUAAUCAUUAGACUGGUGUAUUUUUUUAAGUUACUGUUGUGCCAUGCCAGCGCUACGUAAACUACUGUAUAUUUGAAUCAAUGCUGUAUUCCUUAAAAGGCUUGGAAGUUGUCAGUAGGUUUUUAAUGUAGUCUGUAAACUUAUUUGUUACAGUGUAACAGGUAUGGGCUGGUCCCUGAUGAAGUUGUACAUACAGUAAUGUGUUGCCAUAAACUAAAUGUUGUCAUGUCA